ACACCAUUUAUUGGCUUAUAAUCGCUGAAGUAAUCAUUCCUCAGUCUUUGCAUUCAUGUAAGCUUAAAGUUGUUCGCUCAGGGCCAUGAGGUGGAACUGAAGAGUGUUUUUUUUUUGUUUUUUUUUAAAGGAUUCAACUUGUUGCCGUUUGAUCAACUUCUUUCAUCUCCAACAGUCUUUGAGGAUUUGAGUGGAAAACAGAGCCUGCUGGGUUCUUCGUGCCAAGGAGAAAAUGCCUCCCAAACCAAUGAAGAAAAUGCCGGGGGGGGGGAGCAUCAUGAACUUUUUUUCAAAGCAAACUGGCAGUCCUGGUGGCAGCAGAAGCAGAGCGAGCAUGCAGCCAGAGGGAUCUGCACCCUCUCAGGGUGCUAUGCCAACUCCAGUGAGUGUGAAGGAGGAGAGUGAUGUGGAUUUGACUGGCCGACACUCACAUGAAUUCACAGUGAAAUUCAAUCAAGCUAGCCCUAACGAAUACACUGUUCUCUGUAGUCAGCCCUGCACAGUGCUCAAGGCCAUUAAAUCAAAUGAGAAAUGCAAUGAGAAGAUUAAGUGUUCAGAUGAGAAUAUUAUGAUUCAGCUGGGUAAAGCAGACAAGGAGUCAAGUGUUGCAACACACUUUCCUUGUUCUUGUAUCAAUGAUGGUGAGUGUCUGAUCAUAUUGUGUAAAGAAGAAAAGGUGGAAGUUAAAGUCCAAGAUUUCAAAAUAAUUCAUCCAAAGGAUCACUAUUCUGUCUUCUACAUAGACACAGUUGGGGGGCUGCACACUAAAAGAAAGGAGCUUUUUAAAAACAGUGAUGUAAAGAAGUUCAAGCGUGUCUGUGUUUAUGGGGAGAAGGGGAUGACUGUGGAUGAGGCAGUGAAAAGAGACGGUCGCUUCAUUGAUGACCUCGGCUACUUUGAGCUGUCCGACAAUCGGGAUCUAAAACGCCUUACUGUACACACACAAAGAGUCGACAACCUUCACCUGAGAGAUUACAAGAUGCGCCUUCCAAAGAAUAUAAAAGAAAACAAUGAAAAACAGCAGGAAAGCCCAUCAAAUAAUUCCCAAAAGAAAUGUAAAAGAAGAUCACGGUCAGAGGUUUUAGCUUUAGCAGAGCAGGAGGGACUCAGUGUGAAAACAGCAGUCAGAGAAACAGACAGUGGAGUUGAUACAGAUGAGAUUUAUGAACGACUGCGUGAGCAGUUUCCAGAUCUAAAAGAAUGGAUGGAGAAUAGAUUCCCUGGUGAUUCUUACCAGGAAGCAUUGACUCUGAGGAAGGAAAACUUUGGAAAGAUCCAGCAGGCUUUUAGUGAAGUUCACAGAGUCAGGAAGCUGCUAGAACUGGGCAAGUCAGUUUGCAAAAUCAGUGUGAAGGAUAUUUGUGUGGGAACAGGCUUUGUGCUGUUUGACAAUUUGAUUCUGACAAAUGCACAUUUGUUUAAAGGUUAUGUUGAAGGAAAGGAGCUGCAGCAGGAUGUUGAAGUGUUUGCUUUAUUUGACUACGAGGAGCCUCUGCCAAAAUCAAAUUUCUACUUUUUUACUGCAGAGAAUAGAUUCAUUGACUUUGAUGCUGAGCUAGAUUAUGCAAUUCUAGAGCUCAACCCUGAAGGCUCAAAGCCAAACCAGCAAACAAAAGCAAAGAACAUACAGGUACCACCAGGGCUGCUCAACAGGUUUGGUCCACUGCCUCCCAAUGGUGAGGCCUGCAUCAUUGGACACCCAGCAGGGGGAGUGAAAAAAAUGGAUCCUACAUGGAUCAUUGAGACAGAGAAGAGAGGGCAGGCUAUUGAUGAACAUUUACGUCAGUACAAAGACCCGUUUAUCAUCACAACAAUCAGUGAUUGGCUCAAAAAGCAAGGCAUCGAAGACAUACUGAUAGGUGGAAGUAAAGCAGAAAAAGUGGGGACCUACCACACUUUCAUGUAUCACGGUGCCUCUGGCUCUCCUGUCUUUGAUGGACUUGGCAGAGUCUUUGGUUUGCACACUGCAGGAUACGUCUGCAAUUCAGCGAACGGUAUUGAAAGUGUCAUCGAAUGUGCCCAUCCUCUUCUUACUAUAUUUGAAAACUUUGUGGGUAAUCUGAAGGAAAGUGAAAAUGAGGAGCUGUUGAAAAGCAUUGAGGAAGCAGCAAAGAGAAAUCCACACCUGAAAGAGAUACUCCAUCCUGAGGAAGCUGAGGAGCCGAUGGAAGUCAGUUAGGCAUUCAGAUUAGAGGCUCCUUGGGCAAGUGGCAAACCACUUCUUCUAAUCUUCAUAGGACUUGAACACAUUAGGCUAAAUCUAAACCUAUGCUUUAGGGGCCUGUACUAUGAAACAGGAUUUUGGGAUUAGUGAUGUAAGUUAAGCUCAGUGUUUUCACCAUCAGCAAAUUCACUUCUUACUGGGGUUUCAUCACCAUCACUACUUAAACAUUUGGCAAACCUAACCUCCUGCAGAGCAAAUUAUGUCUGAGAUAAGAUAAUGCACACAGAACUGCUGAAUAACAGAGCUUUCUGCAGAGCUAUAAUGUGGUCUAUAUUAGAGACUUGACACUUUGGGCCAGUUUUCCUUCUGGCUGCUGAUGACAUUUACUGAAGAGGUGCAGUCUUUUUCCUGACCUUGUAACUGUCAAUAGCUCUAAACUGUGUUGUCCUUUCAUUAUGAACAUCAAUCUAAGACACAGAUUCUUAAAAGAAGGAAGGUUAAUGUGAUUUCAUUGUUCUCUAUCCAUUUAUUUUAUGUCAAAAUCCUAAAAAAAAGAGAACAUUUAUGCCUCUUUUCCAUUAGUACCUACUCACCCCAAGAGUACCUGGCUGUAGGCAAGAGGGCGCUGCCAUACCUCAAUACCUCAACCAGAACUCCACAGAAAGUUGAUCUAUACCGGAAGUCACGUGAUCUUUUGUCCCGUGAACAAUUAAAUCUGCCGGUUUGUUCUACAGUUUGUUAAUUUACAUGUUCAGGUCUUUUAGCCUCUUUUUAUGUUUGUUUCUCAGUAAAUUCUCAGUAAUGAUGUUCCUGAGUUCAGAGGUGGGAAGUAACGAAGUACAAAUACU